UUGAUACAUUUAGUAUUUUUUUUAGAGGUUCAAGUCCACUGGAUGGAAGAGGAAAGGAAAAUAUGUACACGAUGGACAGUAAAGCCUUGAAACCUCCAACAGGGCACACAAACUACAGGAGUCAGUAUACUUCAAGUAAAAAGAGUCAAAGUCCUGUAAGCCCCAAAGGCAUUAGUAUGAAUUACCCUGAGAGCUCUGACUCGGAGACUGGGGUAGACAGCAAGAGGACGUGGUCUGCAAGCGGUUAUUAUUCAAAUGAACAGUCACCCAGAACAAGAAAGCAGCCCUCGUCUGCAGGAUCCUCUAGAAAAAGAAACACUUCGCUCAUCAAGAGAACAGCUUCUAUGGAUAGCAUCGACCUGUUACGUUCGGUGCCACUUGCGUCAAGUGGAAAGGGUUUGUCCGAAAAGGAUCAACGCAUUGUUAAUUUGAUGAUGUCCAGACACGAAGAAGAAGAGAGAGCCCGCAAAGAACGAUUGAUGUUGGAGUUGGAGUGGGACGAACAAAGAAAAAUAGAAGAACAAAUGAAAAAAGCUCGACAGCAACAGAGACAAGCUGAAAUAUGGGACACAUAUAAGGCUAAAGAUUCUAAACAGUUUGAAGUGCGAGCAAGAAGAAUGAGAAAUGAGCAGAGGUUGAAAAAAGAUAAACUUGAGAUGCUGUUGUCAAAGGACAGCGCUUGGCAGAAGGAGAAAAGAAAACAGGAACAAAUAAGGGGUACAAAAAUGCUGGCCAAGAAAAUCAAAGAAACCGAGAAAAAACAGAAGCAGGAAGAAAAUCUCUGGCAGAAAGAAAGGGAAGACGAACUACAUCGCAACAUGACCCAGCUUAAUCUUUUAGACAGACACAAAAUUGCUGUUGAGAAGAGAGAUCGUUUAUCUGCUCAAGAACAUAUGAAACUUCAAAGUCGAAAUCACAGUGCGAAAACCAGACACGCUAGUACGAGAAAACAGUUCAUUCAACAGUUAAGCCAAGAAGAAGAGAAUCUAAAACACGAAGUGGCAAUUAAACAUCAAAAUGCUGUGAUGAAUUACCAGAGACAACUAACUCGAAAAGAUAACCAGAUGGCGUUAAACAGGAUAAAGAGAGAGGAGCGGAUUGAAAGGCAGCAGGAACAGUUGAGGAGGAAGGCGAAUGACAUGGAUGAAUGGAGGAGAGAACUCACAGUUUUCAGGGGAGAGAAAGACAAGCAAGCUGAAGGCACAGCCAAAAUGGUAAUAGCAUCCAAACAGCACAGAGUUAAAUCACAGCUUGCCGCAGAGAAAGACGAACAUCAACAAAAUCUAGUAAGAGUAAAACAAGCUCUUGAAGAAAGGAAAAGGGAAAUUCAAGAAGAUAUUGAAGUUAAAGAUGAGCGAAGUAGAAUGGUUAAUGCAGAAAAAGAGGAAAUCCGGAGACUGAACCGUGAUGCAGCUCGAACUUCUCAGGCCGUGAGGGACUUGAUCAGAGAACAGACGCUUAGAAGUUCCUUUGACAGAAUGGCAGAGGCUGCUCAACACCAAGCUCUUGUAGGGCGAGGCCCACAGACAGGACAUAAAAAUAAAUCCACUUUGAAACUGGGUUAAUUAACUUACUUAUGAAUUCGGGAGUGACUGCUAGUGAUUAUGUUUGUAAGCGUAAUUGGAAAUUGUCAAAAUAUGAAUCCUUUGUAAUAACGACAAACUAAUGUGAACAAGUAAUUCCUCGAUUUUAAUGAACUAUUUAUUUUAUCUGCACAAACACAUCAUGCGUAGUUUAGGGCAUAGGCCAUUUUGUAGCUCGUAUCCAGAAUCAAAACUUACCUUGGUGCAUGUUAGAUGUGCAUUUAAACCAAGUAAGAAUUUUUUCUCAACUAAGUAGGGUACGAAAUUUUUCAAGAGAAAACUGAACGCUAGGCCCCUCUCCGGUGUAUAUAAGUCAUGUACGUUCGCCUGAGGACAUACCUCACCGAGGUUAAAUUCACAAUGUGUAUCACUGAUGAAAAUAAAACUUACACAAAUGUUGA